UUUAAUAACAUUUCACUAUGGAAUCAUUGCUCAAUAUGAAUUUUAAUGCCCCUAUAGUAUUCACAACCGAAUCCAAACAGUUUGUAUAAUCCUAGACAAGGUCUGCACGAGCGGUUAGGCGUUUACUAUAUCGACUAGUCCUUUGUAAGUCGCUGCUCACGGAUAAGAUCAUUGAUAAGACUGGUCGUAGGGAAAAGAAGAGUUGGGUCCAGUGGAAUAAAAGUGUAGUAACGAAUGAGACUUCGAGACCAAGAGUAUCAUAGUAAUGGCGUCGUAGGAUAACGAGUGAAAAAGAGAGUCUAUGUAUAAUUAAAGGUAUAGUGUGAGAGAGAGAAUAAGGAGAAGUUGGCAAGUUGAUGAAGAGUAACAAGAGCGAGAUGCGAAGAAAAGUCUAUGAGAGAUAAAGAGGAAAAGAGAGAGAGAGAGAGAGAGAGAGAGAGAGAGAGAGAGAGAGAGGACAGAUGAAAGCGAAGCAAAGGUAGUAAGAAGUGACGGUAUCCAAAGUAAGAGGGAGCUUCUAACAGGUCUAUUUGAAGGAUCUAAAAGGCAGUGGCUACGGAGGUGCCCGCAACGCCGCACGUACCGUCGACGGACACUGUGGAGAUACUCGUGCUCCUACCUAAGGACUCCGAUUGGUGCGGAUAGUGCAUGCCGCGUGAUAGUGUGUUAGAGAGUAGUGCUUCUGACAAUGAGCCGCGGCGGCGAGUGUGAUAAGUAAUCGCCGUAGAGCCCAUUCCUGGUUGUGAACGCGUAGUGGCAGUGGAGAAAGAUAGAAGCGCGGAGCAGCGCGGGCGAGCCUCGACUUAAUGACUCGCGUUUUACGUGGGGCGCCCGGAGCCGGAGAUCAUAAUUAUGUUCAAUGUACCGCCCAAGUUCUACGAGCUGUGUCGCCUUUGUUUAUCGUCGGAUGGUGUCAAGUUGUCCAUUUUCGAGGAGGAAGGCGCCCAGCGGAACUUUGCCGACAAGAUACUUACGUGCCUCGCGAUUACGGUAAAGGAUGGAGACUCUUUGCCACCAAUCAUCUGCCACAGAUGCGUGUACAAAUUGGAUAUACUACACAAUUUCCGUGAAGUCUCACGCAAAUCCGAUGUCAUACUCAAACAGUACCUGGACUAUGCUAAGCAGUUGUCGUCCCAAGACGAUCAGGAAAAGUCUUUCUCCACUGCCAAAGUAGCAGAUUUAAGCCCACUUCAGUCGUUUCUCCAAUUGAACAAAACUCUGUUCAACGAGGAGCCCAAUUCUCCGGCCAGCAUUAAUCAAAACGUAAUACCUCAAACUCAGACUCAUCAUCUGGAACUACGAGCUAAUGAGAUGCCCGAGCAGGAGAACAUAAAGUGUGAACCAGAGGACGAUACGUGCUCGAACAGCUCGGAUCCCGACAGAUUGGAGAUUGAGGAUCGCGACGAUCAGGAGAGCGAUGGCGAGGAGAAUGGCUACGAUAUGACUGUUAACAAAAGGAUCAAGAUGGAGGCCGGUUACGAAAGCUCAAAACAGAGCACACCAAAUCGCAGUCCGGUUAAUAGAAUGGACACCCCCGAGAGCAAUUGCUCGGAUACUCACAUCGACCAGGAGACCACAAAGCUCUGGCAAGCGCUGGCAAAUAACAGGAGUCUCGAAAUAACAAGGACAAAUGGCGACAAGUUGAACAACGGUUUUACUGGCGAGGCAACCAAUCUACUGCGCUCUCUAAUUAACAACAGGCACAUUGGUAUUACUCCAGUGGACGCCGACAGGAUUUCACCUCAAAUAAGAUUCUACAGGGACACCCAAGGAACGACGAUCGAACGGACGGUUCCCGAUUGUUCUGUCCUGGGUAAUCGUACGAAUAUGCCCUGCGUUGAGAAUAAGAGUGCCUCCAUGGAUAGCAAUCCAUCCAGUCCUGCCAGUGUUGGCCGGAAGGAAACAAAGGGUCGACGGAAACAGAGUUAUCCCAGCAAAGCUCCUACCAGUCCUGAUGUCAUUCACUAUCAGCAGGAAUCUAACGAGGAACAGGCGCAGGAUUUCACAGCGUGGUCGAAUAAGAUGAAGGGAAAGCAGGUCGAGGAUCAGAAGCAGCAAUUCGAUCAGCAGGGUGGCAACGCUACGAAGAAGAUGGACAUGUCCUGCACGAACUGCGGGACCAUGACCACUACGAUUUGGCGACGAAAUAUGAAGGGUGAGAUGGUUUGCAACGCGUGCGGUCUUUACUACAAGCUACACGGGGUAAAUCGUCCUGUAACGAUGAGAAGGGACACUAUUCAUACGCGUAGACGUCGACCCAAGGGCGAGAAACCUACCAGGCACAGAAAAAAAGGCGAGACGAUAUUGCCUACUCAGUCCGAGCAGAUGGACGCUGAGAGUGCUGACAUGUUGGCAGCUCUACGUAGACAAAUACAACCUCAUCUCAUGAUGGCGGCACUUACUCCUCAGCGUAUACCUGGUGCGCACGCGCAUCCACCGCCACCUACUGCACAGCUCAAUUAUUCGCUUCCCAUACCCAGUUACAUGAUGCACCACGUCAAAACUGAGGGAAGAGAGCAGCAACGUCACUCGCCCGACGACGUAGAGGAACCCGACGACGGGGACGAAGAAAACGUUUCCGACGUCCCGUUGAACCUGGUCGCCACCACCCUAUCCGAGGAGGCACACUGA